AUAUGAUAUGGAGGAAUAUAUCGUUGUCUGGGGCAUGCUAGGGCUAUAGUAUAAAAGGUGAGGAGGAACGCAGCUUUCCACUCAACUCAACAGAAGAUAAAUCAUCGAGCCCUAGCACUCUCCUCAUUACAAACAUGAAAUUCAUCUCACUCACUUCUAUGAUCGUGUCUGUUGCGGUAAUGGCUGGCGUAGCCACCGCGUACAACCCUAUCGGCCAGUCUUGCGACACCCCAGGUGGUUAUGGGUGCUCACAAGACGCGAGUCUUAACGGCGGAAAUGCGUUCAUUUAUGAAUGUGCAUCGACCGACGAGUUCGUGUACGUUGCAGGCUGCUCCUGCCCUACUUGCUGUGAAGCCACGACCAGUGGUGCGUUCUGCACGUGAAAGUAAGCGAGGAUGUCGGUGGAAUAAUGUACUGUGAUACGUAAAGGAGAUAGUGAAGGAGUGGUCGAUAAAUAUACCGCGUCUGGAACCAA